UCGUUUAGGGAAACCACGCAUGCGCGAAACCAUUUUUUUGUGCAGGCGGGGACUACGUUUCCCGGUGUGCUGUGCGUUGGAAAUCUUGAGGAGCGAAGGCAGGCAGGAAAGACACGCGUCUCGGUAGCGGAGGGUCUGGAAAGGCCGUGAGGAUGAUGGCUGCACGGGUGGAAGCGGGCGCCCUUUUCGCCGCCGGGCCCGGAAGCGCCGCGCGGAGAGAGCGGCCCCGGGUUUGCAGGAGGGGAAGGAAGCACAAAAUGGGCGGAAAGGAGCCCGAAGGUGUCCCCCUCCCCAAGAAGCGGAUGACGGAGGAGGAGGGGCCAUUCUUGAUUGGCAGCCAGAGCACCCUUCCUGCCCCGCCCCCCUCCGAGGCACUGCCCACUUCUUGCGAAUCCGUCGAAAUGGAGGAAACAGCAACCCUGAGGCGGCUGAGGGAGAUCGAAGAGCGAAUCAUCGACGAUGAAGAUGACGACGACGAUGGGAACGACAGCCUUGUGAGGCAGGAUGGCGACGUCAGCCAUGUUGGACUGCCCAUGUUGGUCCUAUCAGAGACCCUGAAGGCCAGCCUCAGGCGGCAGCAGCAGGACUUUGGCCACGAGGGGGGCGGCCUCACCAAGAGGAUCCUCGAGUCCAUGAGCCGCCCGUCAAUGGAGCUGGUCCUGUGGAAGCCCCUCCCUUCCACCAUUUUGAAGAAGGCCUCAUCAUCCACAUCACUUCCUCUUUAUGGAAACACCGACCCUGCAGUGGAGGAAGAGAUGGAGCUCUAAAGGAAGGAGAAAAAGGACACUUCCUGUGUGUAUAUGUAUAUAUUCUGUAAUAAAACACGUGUGUAUAUAUGUAUAUAAAAUAAUAGUUAUAUUAUAUAUAAUAAAAAGAAGAAAAUGGA